UAGUUUUAACCACUACGUAACCAGCUGUCCCCGUAAUUACUAAUUACUUGCAACACGAUUACUUGCAACCCAGUCACAGCUCCUUCCUAAGUUCCCCCAAUAAUCCUGACACACAUUUUCCUUAUAUUAGGCAAUACAAUAAAUUAUAAUGAACAGCAGCAGCAAUAUGACAAAAACAAUAUAAUUAAUUUAUUAAUCCCUGUGAAGAAACCAGACUGGCUGCCACUGUGAUGACAUCAAAAUGCAUGCCUUUAGACUGUGGAAGGAAACGGGAGUACCCGGUGGAAACCCACGUGAACACAGGGAGAACUCUACACAAUGUGACUGCUCGGGAGCUGUGAAACAACAGCGCUAUCAGCUGUGCCUCCAUGUCCAUUGUUUAAAUUGGACAAAUGGUUGUAGCAGCAAACAUAAGUGUGUAUACAAAAAUAAAAUUAAUUUUCUUUUUAGUUCAUUAUAUUUGAAUUUUUUCCUUUUACUACUUUUCAAAUGAAUUCAUAAAUUGGACUGGUUAUUUCAUAGUUGCUAUUUCCUAAGGUUUACUGGGUUUAAAGGGUAAUGGCAAGCUGUCUGCAGGAACUUCAUCUUUAUGAAGGAUGAACAUGGAGGGUUCAGUGCAGAGAAAAUGUUUCCUUUUAAUUUAUGAAAUUAUUACUUAGUGAUAGUGUGUUUGGAGUGGUAAAGAUGAAGAGUCAGAAUGCAACUGAGAGCAUGGGUACACAGAUCCUAGAAUGCACUGGGUCUCAGCCUCUCCCACACACAUGCUUGGCACAAGUUUCAAAUGUGAUCUCAGUUUAUUAGAAUGUAAAGGACAUCCUGAGCACAGAACCAAUGUCACAGAUCGUAAUAAACUAAAAUUGAGCAUUGGGUAGUUGGUAUUAAUAUUCUGAGACCAGAAUGUGAUAUUGGGAGACUGAAAAACUGGGGAUAAGUGAAUUCUAUUUCCACAGCAAUUUAACGCUCUAAAAUGUAGGCAUUGGGAAAAAUUAAAGACAAAAAUCCAACAUAGUGAGGAAAUCUUGGAACAAAACAGCACAGUUACAAUUGGUAAGAAGCACUCGGAACAUCUAGACUUUUUAGAAAGCACAACCUGAGACUACAAGAAAAUCCUCAAAGCUGAUAGCACUAAAGAUUUUAUUACGGAGUAAGCAAACAAAGGAGUUAGGAGCAGGAAAGAUAUAUGCCUAAGGUAAAAGCUAACAAAUGUCAGAUAUUGCAACAAUGAAAUUGCUUGUUUAUUGGCUGACGACAACUAACAAACCACUCCAACUCAGUUAACAGCUAUAUAGUUUCACGUUGACCUUAAAAAAUUAAUGCUGGAUAUCUGAAAUCUGUUGGUUUAAAAACAAGACAAACGUUAAACUGUAAAAUCAGCAGUAUAUUUCCAACACAGAAAUUUAAAUCCUUAACAAAAUCUUAGUUAAAUGCACCCUUUCAUCACAAGGCACUCAUUUGCAAGUAGGAAAGCUCCCCCAGUAACCAAAUGUUUCCCGACUCAAGAAAUAAAACAAACACAUUCCCAACAUACAACAACACACCGGGUAAUCCUUGUGCCAACAUUAUGGGGGCUGCACACAAACUAUGAGCCCAACAGAACAUGAUGAAUAGACACACAAAGGGCUGAAAAUUUGCACGAGGUGUACUGACCGUCUGAUCACACAACUCUAAGCAAUCAGGUAAUACUUGGCUGGUCAGAGCCCAUACAAAGAUGAAAUGUCAAGCAAGACACACAGAUCAGCUUGAGAGGUAAUUAGGUUUAAAAAGGUUUGGUAGCACAUUUAUAAAUUUUCGAUCAUGGAUGUCUCCGAAGUGCACGAACAUAGUAUACAUCUAGACUAUGGGAGUAUAUACUUGUGACAUUUUAAACUAUAAUAUCAGUAUACUCAAUAAUGCAACAUAGCACAAUGUGUGAAGCAACAUGGGUAACAGCUGUAAACAGCGUCAGUGUGUAAACAUUAACUGUGGAUCUACCUUUCAGAUAUGAACAACAGAACACCAAAAGCAGUACUCUGAAGAUGACUUGUCAACUCAUUCAUGAAAAAUCAGUCAUUUAUUUUGGGAGAACCUUUUUUGCCUCAUCUGCAGUGCUAAAGGAAGCAAAAUGUCUAUUUUUAAACACGUGAUUAGAAGGUGACAAAAAAACCUGAUCUCGCAAAAACGCUUCGGCAGCCGAGGCACAGGGACUGAGCUGCGAAACAUCAUGGAGAUCGCGAUCGACCGGUCGCGUGCAGCACAUCCAGCCUGUUAUAUGGAUAUAUAUUAUAUAUAUGAUGUGAUAAUACACACCGAAUGUGAUCGAGUUGUUUGAAGGACACGACUUGUAUAGCAACGCGAUUUCACACGCAUCGUCGACCUCACACACACACGAAUUAUGACUUGACAGAAUUUCAGUAACAUCGAUGAGGCCCGGCGGGUGCGCUCAGGGAAAAGUGUCACAUCGAGGUGCCUGAUAUUACGACAGAAGUAAAUAAGCGGGACGGGUGAAGUUGGGGGGAAAGUGGACGAGCAGAAUAUUUCAGUUGCAUGACUUUAAGUUCGCGUGUGUGCAAUCGGGAGUGUAUUUCCGUCGGGAGUGACAGUUACAAAGCGCGGGGAGCACUUCCGAGCAGCCGGCAAUCGCUUAUUCGCAAGACGCCCUUGGUCACGCUUCCAGGAGAGUGGAAGCUCUCUUUCCCGGAGCGCCGCGGAGACACAGGCCGCCGCCAUGUUGGCCGAACCAAAAUGGCGGCUCGUGAGAUUAGCUAGCGCUCGCUUAGCCACAUUGUUGUUCUUUCUCUCCGCCUGCCCAGGCAAAACAUAACAGCGAUAGCGACGAGGUCGUGGCGCCGACAAGAACGUACAUCUAGCCGGGCCCUUAACUUAAGGGAUCUGCUGGAUGACAAUGAUCAAGUUUCUGCUGAUGGUCAACAAGCAAGGCCAGAUACGCUUGUCUAAGUACUAUGAACACAUAGACCUGGCCAAGAGGGCCUCCCUAGAAGUGGAUGUCAUCAAGGGGUGCCUUUCACGGAAGAAAGAAGAGUGCUCCUUUGUGGAAUACAAGGACUACAAGCUAGUAUACCGACAAUAUGCAUCCCUCUUUGUUAUGGUGGGUGUAAGUGAAAAUGAGAAUGAACUAGCGGUCUAUGAGCUGGUGCAUAAUUUUGUGGAGGUUCUAGAUAAGUACUUCAGCCGUGUGAGUGAACUGGAUAUCAUGUUCAACCUGGAGAAAGUGCAUGUCAUCUUGGAUGAGAUGAUUCUGAACGGACACAUCGUGGAGACUAACAAGAGCCGAAUUCUGGCACCAUUACUGGUUCUUGACAAGAUGGCUGAGAGCUAGAACGGACAUGCUAGACUGCUACAGCAGUGUAUGAAAAAUUAAAUCAAUUUGUACAGAGACCUCCAUUGUAUAUAAUGUUUUCAUGAUUAAAACUCAAAUACAACAUUGUCUCCUUUUCUCAUUUAAAAGGCAAAAAAAAGACUUUCAGGGGAUAAAGGCAUUUAUACUUUGCAAACAUUUUAAUGAUUAUUUUUGGAGC